UCCAUUCAUUUUGCCUCUGAUUUGUUGAGUCAAUGUUUAUGAAUCACUAAUUCAGUCGUGUUGAUCAACAGAAAAAAACGCAAUUCUUUUGUUCUUUUGUUAUUAUUAUUAUAGAUCGAGAUGUCGAUUCUAUUGUUUGGUCACAAUCGAUUACUAUCGAUAUCCAUAGUGAUCAUUGUUCUAAUAUCGAUAUUCCGUUUACCUAAUUGCUCAUCUCUUCAAACACAACCACAACAAUUGAAAGCAUGGGGAGGCAUACAGAAUCCAUUUGUGCGUGAUUCAGAUGAUCACGAUGCAAAUAGUGCUGGAUCGUCAACGACCGAUGUGGAUGACAACAGCAACAAUACCUCACAACCAUUGAUGUUGAAUGGAACUGCGAAUACAUCGACAAUAACAACGGGACCACAUUUAGUUGUUUCGGGUCGUUUGGUUACACCUGCAGCACAUCAUCGAAUUGCUCAACCAUUGGUUCAUUCUUCAUCAUCGUCGUCGGCAUUGUUUCGUGCACCAAUGAAUGCCACAACGCAGAUGAGAGCACCAAGCGUUUAUUACGGAACACCAUUGGUCUUGAAUCACACAAUACCAAUACCACAUGUACCAAGCCAUUGGCGUAUGGCGUCAUCAUUGUAUCGACAACCAACAACGAUUCCGGCACCAUUAAUACUAAAUCAAACCACUCAGCCAUCCAUUGAAUCGACAACAACUGAUGCGCUUGUAGAUUCCAACACAGAUGAUAUUGCUGAACGUAAAGUGUCGAAUGAUUCGAAUGAAACUGCUGAUGGAGAAAUUAGCAACGACGAUGAUGGUAGUGAUGGAUCACAUCGAUCAUUUUUCGGUGAUUUUGGUUCAUUUUUCGGUAGUGCUGGUAAAGGUAAACAUUUACUGGCAAAAGAAGAAGAAUAUGAGGACGAAUAUGAAGAGGAAAAACCACCGAAAAAACUUUUGGGAAAAUUGGGCGGUAAAAAAGGUGAAGGAAAAAAAGUUUUGGCCCUACCAAUCAAAGAACCGGAAUAUGAAGAGCCCGUUGUCCAAGUUAAACCGGUUAAAAAGUUGAAAAUUAAAAAGCCCAAAGUACAGCCAGUGGUCGUGGAGGAAUAUGCGGCACCAGCACCAGCCGCAUUACCGGUAGCUACAGUGUUGGCCCCACCAGUUCCAUUAUCCGGUAGCUAUGGUGGAGCAGCACCAGUAAAACCAUUAUUGAAUUCCGGUUAUGCUCCCGCUCCACCACCAGUUGCAUAUCCUGGUCAUUAUCGAAUCGAUUCACAACCAAAAGGCAAAUUCAUACCACAUUUUCGACAAGAUUUUACGGCCAAUGUGGAUAAUUCAACCUCUCGUGAUGGACAAACUUUUGAUGAUUCCAGUCUAAAUUCUACCGUUGUUGAGUCUAGAGCCACAAUGACUGGAAUACGUGCUGCACCAUCGUAUGGAAGCCAGGUGAUUCCCGGAUAUUUAGCACAAGAAGUGACAAGUCAUCUGAAUCUAAGAAAUAAUUCAACAUUGAAUGCUACGAAUGUAGAUGACCGUAAUAAAUACAAUGUAAACUCUGGCGGUGUUACACAUGCAUCACUCAAUCUGAAUUCAUAUUCCGAUCCAUAUGGUGGCCAUGUUUAUAAUUUGAGUCCUGAUUAUGGUUAUUCGGCAUAUGCUUAUCCCCCACCACCGGCUGUUUAUCAACCACCACCACCUUCGGCUGCUUAUCCACGACCACCACCACCGGCUGUUUAUCCACCACCACCACCACCGGCUGCUUAUUCAUCUUCUGCAUAUGCAGUUCCUGCUCCAGCAGCAUAUCCAGCCCCAGCUUAUUUACCACCACCACCAUCGAAUGCUGCUGCACCUGCUUUGAGCUAUACCAAAGUUCUUAGCAAAGUACUGGGUUAUUACCCUGCCCAAUCUAGUGCAUAUCUAGCAAAUUAUUCCACCCAAUAUGAUUACACAAUGCCGGUUGCCGUUGUCAAUGUUUUCUGUUCAGAUUCAAAAUACCCGUGUUCAUGUACCAUAUAUUUGACUGAAAUCAAUUCAUACAACAUGCUCAUCUCCGGUGUUUGUUCUGGUUUGCCUAAAAAUUCGAAAUUCAUGAUGAAUUUAUAUCCAUCUGGUGACAUAACAGCUGGUUGUAAUGCACUUGACCAUGGUUCGCUUGGUUAUCGUUAUGCAGCCGCUGCUGCCAUUGAAUUGGGUGUAAUCAAAAGUGAUUAUCAUGGUGUGGCAUUCGUAAACAAAUUGAAACAUGCAUCGAUUGGCGUUACAUGUGAUAAAUAUGGAUAUAAAGAUUCAAUAUUGGGUCGUGCAGUCGGCCUGGUCGAAAUCGCCAUGCCAGCAGCAUUAGCAAUUCCAGUUCCAGUUGCAGCUAUACCAACAGCUUAUCCUGCAUCCUCUUACCGACGUAAUGCGGCCGGAUAUUCCACCGCUUCAUUGUCAACUGGCUAUAGUGGCGCACCAUCGCUUGCCUUACCAUCGCUUAACUUGGCUUUGACACCGAAUAAAAUUGCCGCUUGUGGUGUGAUUGGUUUGGCCGGUAAAGAUAAUAGCUAUGAAACACGUGAAUUGAAAUCCAAAUUGAUUGCCAAUGCUAAACACGAAGAAAUGGUUGAAUAUCGCCGAAAUCAAGACCAGCAUAAACAGACAAAAUUAUAAAGUAACUAUCUCCAUCAUGAUUAGUGAAUUUUGAAUAAUACAGAUCAUUGUUUGUGAGAGGCAAAAGAGAAUUAUAUUAUUAUAUAUUUAUAUUUAUUAUUACAUAUAUCAGUAAUCAGUAAAUUGGAAAUAAAUCAGUCAAUCAGUUAUCACAUUCAA